AUGGCUACAAAGCAGCCUUUGAAAACGACUUUCGAUGUCGAUCGCGUGAUCCGUCCCAUAUUCACUGGUGGAUCCGUGUCAAUUGGCAAUGAUGCGCAAGUCUUGGCCACCACAAUUGGCGAGGAUGCUAUUCUCACCAACCCCACCAACGGUCGGCAUCUUGGAGAAAUCGAAGGAGAUGGAGAGCUCAUUUCAACGCUGACUCUGACACCCUCUGCUUCGCACCUCAUCAUCUGCUCUCGAUCACUGUCCAUGAGAAUCUUCUCGCUGAAAAAGUCGGCGGAUGGGGACACCAUUGAAUCAUCUCUUCUUCGAACGCUCAAACCUCAUGGCACACCAGUUGUAGUGAUUGCCGUCGACCGAACAAGCACGCUCCUCGCUACGGGCGGCACAGAUGGCGCGAUCAAGGUUUGGGAUAUUGCUGGCGGUUAUGUGACACAUACAUUCCGCGGUCCCUCUGGUCUGAUAUCGGCGCUGCACUUUUUCGAAGUUGCAUCUCAAUCCCAGGAUGCUAAGCGGUCUCGCAAAGCGAAAGGCCCCUCACAAGACGAAGAGGAAGAAGAUUUAAACACAACUAGCUUCAGACUCAUAUCCGGCAGUCAGGAUGGCAAAGUCAAAGUAUGGGACCUGAACAAACGGAGUUGCAUAGCGAAUCUCGACUCACAUGUCUCUGACGUCAAAGGACUGGAUUAUUGCCCUACGCAGCAUGCCAUCGUGACUGCUAGUCGCGACAAGACACUCAUUUGGUGGGAUGCCAAGUCUUGGAAGAUCCGCAGAGUUGUACCCUGCCUAGAACUUGUGGAGUCUACUGGAUUUCUUGACAAUGGCAACUUGACAUAUUCAGCCGGCGCUACUGGUUGUCUUCGUAUCUGGGACACAGAUACAGGCAAAGAAUUGACGCCAAAACAAGCGGAGAAGAGCGAGGAAGAAGCCUUCGUAACUGCUUUGUACAGACCUGGUUUACCGUUUAUAAUUGGCGUCCAAGUAGAUCAUACGUUGGCUCUGUACAAACCGCCAACGAAGGUAGAGUCUGUCUCGCUUGCUGCGCCCGAGCCUUUCCGCCGCAUUUCCGGAACCCACGACGACAUCAUCGAUCUUGCCUAUAUGCUACCUGAUAGCACUCUACUCGCCUUGGCUACAAACUCCGAAGACAUUAGGCUGGUUUCUAUUGUGGAAUCUGAGGUGGACACCGCAGCCCCGGCAUGGAGCAUUGAUAGCGCGCCGUAUUUCGGUCAAGAUACGGCACUUCUAAAGGGGCAUGAAGACAUUGUCAUCUCACUAGACGUUGACUGGUCUGGUCACUGGAUUGCGACCGGUGCAAAAGAUAACACGGCAAAGCUUUGGCGAAUUGAUCACGCCAACCGGUCAUACACCUGCUGGGCCACCUUCUCGGGCCACGCCGAGUCCCUUGGUGCCGUUGGUCUACCGAAAACACCCCCCCAAGAGAGUUCUCAGGCAUUCCAAGACCCCCUGUCCCAUCCUCCUACCUUUGUUAUUACCGGUUCCCAGGACCAGACUAUCAAGAAGUGGGAGGUGCCUCGCAAGUCGCAGCAGCAGGGAACCAAGUUGGGUGCCAAAUCACUCUAUACUCGAAAGGCACAUGACAAGGAUAUAAAUGCUAUUGAUGUUCAUCACUCUGGAAACUUGUUUGCUUCAGCCUCUCAAGACAAGACUGUGAAAAUUUGGUCUGUUGCCGAGGGCGAAGUGCAAGGUAUUCUACGGGGCCACAAGCGAGGUGUGUGGUCAGUACGCUUUUCGCCUGUGAACCUGCCUGCACUGCAGAGUGACGACGGCCCCGUUACCGGCAAAGGUGUCGUUCUUACGGGCAGUGGUGACAAGAGUAUCAAGCUCUGGAGUCUGGCCGACUACACGUGUAUUCGAACCUUUGAAGGGCAUUCAAACAGCGUGUUGAAGGUUGCAUGGCUCAACAUGCCUGCGAAAGGCGAGCAGAAGAAACUCGUCCAGUUUGUUAGUGCUGGCGGCGACGGCCUGGUCAAGGUCUGGGACACCAACUCGGGCGAGACAGAGUGUACGUUGGACAACCAUGAAGACAGAGUAUGGGCUGUUGCUGUACAACCAAAGACGAAUAUGAUUGUCUCUGGCAGCGGUGACUCGACGGUGUCUUUUUGGAAGGAUACUACAUCAGAGACACAAGCUGCCGCGUCCAAGGCUGCCUUUGAUCUGAUCGAGAAAGAGCAAGAGCUGCAAAAUCACAUCCACGCUGGUUCCUACAGAGAAGCCAUCACACUAGCUCUACAGUUGAACCACCCGGGGAGACUGUUGUCUCUCUUCACUUCAGUUGUUACUAGAGAAACGAAAGACGAGGGCAGUUACACCGGCUUGCGAGCCGUGGAUGAGGUUCUCGGCAAUCUCUCCGACGAUCAGAUCUUCCUACUGUUACUCCGUCUACGAGACUGGAACACGAAUGCGCGCACUGCCCCUGUUGCACAGAGAAUUCUCUGGGCUCUGGUGCGCAGCUACCCAGCUUCCAAAUUCUCCACCUUGUCCGUCAAGGGCGCGCGCGGGCAGCAGAGCCUGAAGGAUAUCCUUCAAGCGUUGAGAGUUUACACCGAUAGACACUACAAACGCAUGGAAGAUUUGGUGGAUGAAAGCUAUUUAGUAGAGUAUACAUUACGAGAAAUGGAUAACCUUGCUCCUGUGGCAGGCGAGGAUGAGGUUAUGGAGGAUGGCAUGAUUUGUAUAUAA